AUGCCAGGUGACCAUGGCUUGGCUGAGCCGUUGUCGUUCUAUCAGGCCUUGCUCCGAAGCCAAGCCCUGGAGUUGCUGCUGGACAGCUGCGCGAAGGUCCCGGCCUUGCGGGGCGAGUUGCUGAAGGGCAAGCGACCAGGCGUCGACAUGGAUGCGGUGCCAAGCGCGUUAAGCCGAUCUUUGCAAUGCCUGGUGGAGCGACUUCUGCUGCCGGGCGCGGUGGCAUUGUGGCCCACCUUGUUGGAGGCGCUGUUGGUGGAUGAAAUCGGCUCGAAGGUGAGCAGUUGCAGGUCCUGGGCUCGACAGGCUUUAGCCUUGGUGAAACGCCAGUGGAAGUACGAGUUGAUUCCUUCCACCUUGCGAUGCCUGGACCGGAAGCUGGGCGCCUUGCUGCACUCCACGCCGGAGCCGGAGGUGCAGACGGCUGAGUUGCUACGCUCCAAAGAGGGGAUGUCAAAGGGUGGCAUCCGCGCGGCCCUGCAGCGCACCAAGCUCCGGACCGUGGAGGCGGAGGCCCUGCGCCUCAAGACGCGCAGCGAGCUGCUGUGCGACGCCUGUGCACGGCUGGAAGUGGCACAAAGCUCCUCGCCCCACGAGCUGCCAGAGGCCGAUCAACUCUUGGAGGCGGCGGAUGUGAUGCUCCACAGCCUCGACCAAGGAGUCAAGGAGUUGAACGCGGAGCAAGAGAACCUCCAAGAAUCUCUGAACGAGUUGAAGAAUGGUUUGGAAAAGCAGAUGGGUGAGUUCAAAGAAACUCUUUCGUCCUUUUCCUCCAAGAGAGUGGUGUUGGAGGAGGAGAAGAGCGCCCUGACCCUGCGUCUGGAGGAGGUUCAGAUGCAGCUCAAUGAGCUGCAGGAGGCGAGUGGGGCCUAUCAACGCAGGUCCCGAGAGCUGGAAAACCAGCUGCGGGAGAACACCAAGCACUUCGAGGAGAAGAUCGCCAACGCCUUCUGCCAACAGAAGCGCUUGGCUGAUGAGAAGUUGAGGGCUGUCGCGUGUAAAGCCUGCGCGCACACCGCUCGAGAUGUGGUGGUCGAUGAGGAGCAGCGCCGCUCCUCCGAGCUGGGCGCCCAGCUCCGGCGCCGCCGCCGCGAGCUGCGCCGGACCCUGGGCCGCUACCUGAGAAAGGAACGUCUCCGGCUGGAAUCAUUGGCCACAGCCGAGGGUGAGGGAGUUGAGAAAGCUUGGCAAGAUGCGCAGGAAGUGCUACAGCGAGCUUUGCCGCUCUGCAAGGGCGACGGCGCGGAUCGCGCGGAUCCAACGCACAACGCGGUGCCGGAGCAGCCGUCGGAAGAAGUGGAGGACCUGCUGCAGCAGCCGGUGCCAGAAGAUGCCAUCAGCUUCUUUGCGCAGGAGUUCGCCAAAGGCCAAAGCUGCAUUGACUGCGGCCUGCCAGACGCGGAUUGGGCCAGCUUGUCGUGUGGCGCCUACCUCUGUGUGGAUUGCGCAGGUCGUCAUCGCGGCCUGGGUGUCCACUUGUCCUUCGUGCGUUCCACCAGCAUGGACCACUGGAGCAGUCAGCAGCUGCGCCGGAUGCAGCGCGGAGGCACGCCGCGUUUCCGGCGUUUCCUGGCGACCUAUCCGCAGCUGGCCGCGGAACCGCAGAGCAACGAGAGCCUGGCGCGGCGUUACAACUCGCGGGCCGUGGCAUAUUACAGACAGUUGCUGGAUCUUCGCUGCGAGGGAAAUGCCGCGGCAGCCUCCCAGAUGGGGCCUGCGCCUGCCGUGCAGGAGGGGCACCUUCCAGCGGAGACGCCCAAACUGACAACACAAGAUUCGUCGCUGGAGAAGGGCGAGGAUGAGGAAGGCGAGGACGCUGCCAUAGGCUCGGUGGAGGAAGAGCUCGCGGGAUUCGAGGCGACCUAUGCCAGGCUGCGAGGAGCUGAGCAAGAAAAGGACUGA